UGUGUUGAAGCAUCACUAUGAUCACCCAAAUGAUGGCAGGGUUAUAGUCGUCACUCCCCAAGCUCGGGACAGAUGAGUACCUACUGCCACGCAACAGCAUCUCGGUAGCUUCCUUGGAUGCCGUCUCCUAAUAGCCUCUAAUCUAUUAUUCUAACUCCAGUCUUGCUGCGUUAUAAUCCUCUUGCUUAUGAACUCCAUGCUCACCUUCCACCCUCUUCCUCCACCAUGGCCACCGAAGAACCCCCCUCCACCUCUUACGUCCACAUGGAGGAUGGAGAAUCUGAUGAGGAGAGCAGCUCGCAUGUGCCAAGGAAUGGCAACGACCAUUCCCAGCUGGGAGGCCACCGCCGCAAGGGGAGCUGGUCGUUGGGCGGGGUGGUUGACCCUCAGUCGCGUUGGGUCCAGGAGUGGAACCGUGCCUUCCUCCUUGUGUGCACGGCGGGGCUCGUCGUCGACCCCCUCUUCUUCUACGCCCUGUCCAUCAGCGGCGCCCGCAUGUGCCUCUUCGUCGACGGGUGGUUUGCGAUCACCGUGACGGCGCUCAGGUGCAUGACCGAUGCUGUGCACGUCUGGAAUAUGUGGAUGAGGCUGAAGACAUCCUACAGCACGAGACGUUUGCGUGGCGCGGAGGAAGGUCAGGCUCCGAUGAGCCCUCGGGCGUCAGCAUUCGGCUACUUGAAAUCCAAGAAGGGUUUCUUUUUCGAUCUCUUCAUCAUUUUCCCAGUGCCUCAGGUUGUUUUGUGGGUGGCAGCCCCUGUUCUCAUACGCAGGGGAUUGACGACCAUGGUGAUGACUGUCUUCUUGAUCAUGUUCCUCUUCCAGUACCUACCAAAGAUAUACCACUGCAUCUGCUUCUUGCGUCGCUUGCAGAACUCAUUGGGCUGCAUAUUUGGGACUAUUUGGUGGGGGAUUGCUCUCAACUUGAUAGCCUAUUUUGCUGCUGCACAUGCUAUAGGCGCUUGCUGGUAUUUGCUUGGGAUCCAGAGAGCUACAAAUUGCCUCAAUGAGCAAUGCAUUGCAACAAAGGGGUGUGGUCUGAAGACAGUGGGAUGUGCUAAUCCUAUAUACUAUGGAAUUACAACAGCAAGUGGAGAUGGGGAGAUUUUGUCUUGGGCUAACAAUGUGAACGCAAGGGAAGUGUGCCUCAACAGCCAAGAUAAAUUCGAUUAUGGCACGUAUACGUGGACAGUCCUCCUGAUUGCAAACUCAAACCGACUGGAGAAGAUACUCCUCCCCAUCUUCUGGGGCCUAAUGAAUCUAACAACCUUUGGUGGGGGUCUUGAGAGCACAACCGAAUGGCAUGAAAUUCUCUUCAACAUCAUUGUUAUAACAGCCGGGCUCCUUCUGGUCACAAUGUUAAUUGGAAACAUCAAGGUGUUCUUGCACUCAGCAACAUCAAAGAAGCAGGCGUUGCACCUGAAGAUGAGGAGUUUGGACUGGUGGAUGAGAAAGCGACAGCUGCCCAAGGGGAUCAGGCAGAGGGUGCGCCAGUACGAGAGGCAGCGAUGGGCAGCAAUGAGAGGUGUGGAUGAAUGCAAGAUGAUCCAAGACCUCCCCGAGGGCUUGAGGAAGGAAAUUAAAUACCACCUCUGCCUUGAUCUCGUCCGCCAGGUUCCGUUGUUUCAACAUAUGGAUGAGCUUGUCCUGGAGAACAUAUGUGACAGGGUGAAGUCAUUGAUCUUUCCCAAAGGAGAAACUAUUACCAGAGAAGGUGAUCCUGUACAAAGAAUGCUAUUUAUAGUCAGGGGACACUUACAGAGCAGCCAAGUUCUCCGAGAUGGCAUCAUGAGCUGCUGCAUGUUAGGCCCCGGAAACUUCAGCGGCGACGAGCUCUUGUCAUGGUGCCUUCGACGGCCAUUCAUCGAGCGGCUGCCUCCUUCUUCCUCCACCUUGGUGACCCUUGAGACCACCGAAGCAUUCAGUCUGGAAGCCAGCGACGUGAAGUACGUGACACAGAACUUCAGGUAUACAUUUGUUAACGAGCAGGUGAAAAGGAGCGCAAGAUACUACUCCCCUGGGUGGAGGACGUGGGCAGCGGUGGCGAUUCAGCUAGCAUGGAGGAGGUACAAGCACCGGCUAACGCUCGCUUCUCUUUCGUUUAUACGUCCCAGGAGGCCUGCUUCGCGUUGUUCCUCGCCUGGAGAGGAAAGGCUUCGACAUUACACUGCUCUCUUGACCUCUCCCAAACCUAACCAGGAUGAUCUCCCGUGAUCAUGAAAAGGAUCCCAUAUUAAUAUACUUCGGAGGUUGUAGGUUUUGGAGUUACUUCAUAGGCUUCUUCAACGUGUUGUGAUGAUGAUGAUGCUUAUAUUUGCAGCUUGGUGGCUUAAGUGAAUGUAAGAAGGAAAAUCUUGGUGACCCCUUAUGUGAGAGGUUACAUGAAUUCAAUUAUUCUUACUA